AUGGUUGAUUGCUCAUGGUGUUUUGAUGAUCCCGAGAAGAUGGCAUCUCCUUCUCUCGGCGCUGCUCCCAGGCUCAGGACCUCGACUGGCGUCUCCACCAUUUGCAUGGGUCGUAAGGGAGCGCAGACUGGUCUCGGCAAGGGCAACACCCGCACUGUUGUGCGCGAGAAGAAGAGCAAGGGCUCCUCCCAGACUGUCGUCAAGGUCAGGAAGGUUACCGGAGUCGACGUUACCAAGGGCAUGAUCAUCGCCAAGCUCGACAAGGCCACCAAGGAGAACUUUCCCUCUGAGAUCCUCAACGAGAAGGUCGAGAAGUUCAUGAAGGAGGAGGCUGGUUCCACCAUGUACCCCAAGUUGAUGCGCAAGAUCAAGGCCACCGCUGGUCAGUUGGGCGUCUCCAUGCCAGACAGGUGGUGCUAUGAGGCCUAUGCCAACCGCUACCAGCGUGAGAGUUUGGCCAAGAAGAUCACUGCUGCCCAGGCACCUGCUGAGGGCGAGGAGGCCAAGGAAGCGGCCGCUGCAUGA